AUGUACGAAACGAAAAAAGGAGAUGAUAUAAUAAUAAACGAUGUAACAGAAAAAGUAGUAGAUUUUAGUAAAUUGGAUGAAUCAACAGAAAGAACUCAAAUAUACCAUGAUGACUUAUGUGACAACGAUAUAAAAAUAUGUUUACCAUCAAGAAUAGGAUUUCUUCCAGCCAUUAAAUCAAUGACUGAUGGUAUAAAAUGGGGAUGGGGAUUUACAAAUACUCCAAAAGAAUCAUCUAGAUAUUAUAUAAACGAAAUAUUAUGUGGAUGUAUAUUAUGUUUAACAAUGUUACCUGAGAUGAUAUCCUUUUCUAUGAUUGCUAACAUUCCACCAUAUAUUGGAUUACAGGGUGCUUCUUUUCUUUGCUUAAUAACGUCUAUUUUUGGAGGAUCUCCCGCAGUGAUUCAUGGCGUGACGGGGGCGUUUGCUUCUGUGUGUUCAAAAUAUUUAGUUGAAAAUAAUAAUGUUGAUCUUUUACCAGAAGGCAUAGAACGUCUCUAUGUUUGUAUACUGAUAUGUUCAGUUAUGUUAUUUUUCUUCUCUCUGUUCCAUAUGUCGGCUUUAAUUCAGCUAAUUCCCACCCCUGUGUUUAUUGGAUAUUGUAAUGGAUUAUCUAUUAUAUUUUUAAGGGCUCAGCUACAUACGCUAAAAAAUCCAUACACACAUGAGUAUAUUAAGGGCUACUACUUGCUUUUUUUUGUCAUUAUAUGUACCCUGGUUGUCCUCAUAGUGGAACUCUGGAAGAAAAUCCCCAAGAUAGGCCAGAAGAUCCCGUCAACCCUAAUAGCUAUAACUGUUACUGUAUUUGUUGAAUUUGUUAUACUUCGAAAGUUCCUUCACAACAAUUUCGAUUCGUUCAAAGAUGUAAAAUCAUAUACAGUGGGGGAUAUGUUUUCCUUUACGUCAGACAAAGCCAAGCCAACGUUUUUAUUUACAAAUAAAGAAUUAAAUUUUUCCAAAGUGGAAUUUAAUAUAGAACUUCUAAAACAAAUAGUAAAUAUGUUUGUAGUGUUACUUCUUGAAGUUUUGAUGGUCAGUGAAGUGAUAAAAGAUAUGGGAGGUGUAGAAUGUGAUACGAAUGAGACUAUAUUUUCUCUUUUUAUUGGAAACCUUUUAGCUACCUUAGGAAGUGCUGUUGGGGGUAGUAGUUUGUUAGGAUUAUCAGUACUGAAUUAUAGAAAUGGUGCAAGAGGAAAAGAGAGUGGUGUCGUUGCAUCUGUCUUGAUAUAUGGCAUAUUACUCUUUGGAUAUUCUUUGUUGAACUACAUUCCCCUGUCGUUUUUAUGUGGAAUCAUGGUUACUGUUUUUAUUCAUUGCUUCAAAUGGUUUUCUAUUCCCAUAGUCUUCUUCACUUUCUGUCCUGGAUACAUAAGAAACUGUCAUCCCUGUAUGAGCAGGAAGAUAUCAAGAUGGGACGCCUUCAUCAUUGUCCUCGUCACUGUCUUAUGUGUUUUCGUCAGCGUCCCAACCGGUGUUUUUGCAGGGAUAAUUUUAUCCGCAUUGGUUUAUGUAUGGCAAAGUAAAUCCACAUUCAAGUUUGAAAUAUUUUAUGAUAAGGACACAGACACCAAGUAUUACGAAAUUGAGGGACACUUGUUUUAUGCGUCGAAGAAGAUGUUUACGAGAUUGUUCAGCUAUGAUAAGGACAGUUCAACUGUUAAUAUUGUCCUUAAGGGGAAAAGUACCCUAUUUGAUUAUACGGCCAUUGAGGCCCUUACCUCAGUUAAGCAACAGUACAACCUGAACAAUCGAAAUGUAACAAUUCAUGGGCUAAGCCAUGAGUGCAUUAAAAAAAUUGCAAAAAUGAAUCAUUUGUGUAAACAAAUUGAUGUAGAUUUAGUAAAAGUGGAAGCUCCAGUUGUUCCUUUGCUAUAUAAGCCAUUACGGACUAUUAUGAAGACGCAAAAAACCAUAAGGAGAAGAAUGUCUUUUAAGAAGAAGAAAAAGAAAAAAGAAUCACACAGCAGCGAAUCACAUGAUGAAGUGGAACCAUAA